CCGGGUUUAGUGCUAAAGCCGGGCCCGAGCCGUGCCGGGAGCCUCGGGGCUGGGCCGGACUCCGCCGCUCCCCCCGGUCCCGCCGCCGCCUCCGCCCGCCCACCCCCGUCCCCCCUCCCCCGGUUCCUGCCGGUCCCGGCGAGCCCCGAAUCGGGUCAGUCGCUCUUUAAACGCUGGCAGGCGGCACCAUGUGAUGCUCGGGCUCCGGCGGGGAGCGGGCAGCGCCUGCGGGAGCCGAGCGGUGCCGGGCACCGGGCACAGAGCGCAGCCCCGGCCCGGUCCCCGCAGCAUCGCCCCGGCCGCCCCCCGGCAUGAGCCGCGCCCCAGCCCGCGGGGGGACAGCGCUGCCUAUUUUGGGGUGAGGACACCCCGAUACAAGCCCCGGGCUUGCAGGACAAGGUGACCGAGAGACCCCGGAGGGAGCGGGGGGGCACCGGAGCAUCAUGGCACACCCCAUCUCAGCCUUCCAGGCUGCCUACAUCUCCAUCGAAGUGCUCAUCGCCCUGGUGUCCGUGCCGGGCAAUAUCCUGGUCAUCUGGGCUGUGAAGAUGAACCAGGCGCUGCGAGACGCCACUUUCUGCUUCAUCGUGUCGCUGGCGGUGGCCGACGUGGCCGUGGGGGCUCUGGUCAUCCCCCUGGCCAUCAUCAUCAACAUCGGCCCCCAGACGGAGUUUUACAGCUGCCUCAUGGUGGCGUGUCCCGUCCUCAUCCUCACCGAGAGCUCCAUCCUGGCGCUCCUGGCCAUCGCCGUGGAUCGGUACCUGCGGGUGAAGAUCCCUGUCAGGUACAAGAGCGUGGUGACGCCCCGGCGGGCAGCCGUGGCCAUUGCCUGCUGCUGGAUCGUGUCCUUCCUGGUGGGACUCACCCCCAUGUUCGGCUGGAACAACCUGAGCAAGAUGAGGAGGACUCAGGAGCCCAACGGCAGCCAGGAGUUCGUCAUCACGUGCCAGUUCGAGACGGUGAUCAGCAUGGAGUACAUGGUCUACUUCAACUUCUUCGUGUGGGUCCUUCCCCCCCUGCUGCUCAUGCUGCUCAUCUACCUGGAGGUCUUCAACCUCAUCCGCAAGCAGCUCAACAAGAAGGUCUCCUCCAGCUCCAACGACCCCCAGAAGUACUACGGGAAGGAACUGAAGAUCGCCAAGUCCCUGGCGCUGGUCCUGUUCCUCUUCGCCCUCAGCUGGCUGCCCCUGCACGUCCUCAACUGCAUCACCCUGUUCUGCCCGUCCUGCCAGACCCCCCAUAUCCUCACCUACAUCGCCAUCUUCCUCACCCACGGCAACUCGGCCAUGAACCCCAUCGUCUACGCCUUCCGCAUCAAGAAGUUCCGGACAGCCUUCCUGCAGAUCUGGAACCAGUACUUCUGCUGCAAAUCCACCAAAAACGCCACCGGCAGCACCACCGAGGCCGAGCUGGGCAAUUAGGGACAGGGGAGGGCAGGGAGGGGGGUCGGUGCCCACCCCGGCCCCGCUGGGCAAUUAGGGACGGGGGGAGGGCACCCGUCUGUGCCCGCCCCGGAUGCUGCUCCUGCGGUCGGGAGUGAGGACCUGGAGGAGUCGGGCGGCCCCGAGCAGUCACAGCAGUCGUGUCCCUCGCCGGGGGGGGUAUUUAUUCACUGUUUGGAUGUUGUAGCCCUGCACUGUUCCUUUCUGGGUUCGUUUUCGGGUUUUCUCCCCCGUUUGUUUUUGUUUUUCAUUUUUUUUUAAGGGUUGCCAAGUAUUUAAGGAGAAGUUGUACAGACAGAGGUGCAGUUUUUCUUCCUGCAAAUAAAGACCUGUGACCCAAA